AUGAAGAACAAUGAAGAGAUGCGAAGAACUUACGGGUUUGGAGGCGAGAAUCGGAUUCUCAAGUGCGGAAAUACUCCUGAGCUUCAACAGCGAAGCCAAAUCCACCUAAUGGACGCUGUGAUGUGGGAAAGAAUAGUGUUUGAUAGAGGGGGUUACACUGUAGGGGUCGCUGGUUUGGACAUUGGUUCUCACAGAUUGGUGUUGGUCACUAAUGAAGGCGGGAACAUGGAAGAGGCUUUGGAUAGUAGUUUGUUAAGAGAGAUUGGUGAAGGAGAUGAACCAAGUGCAAAUGUGAAGGUAGUGGUGGAGAGGUUUUUAGUAAUUGGGGUUUUGUGCACUCAUGCAAUGGUUUCUGUGAGGCCUACCAUUUUGGACGCAAUUUAG